AUGUCCACACCACCAUAUUCUCCAACCCACCAAGAGCGGAGCGCCAAGCGGAGAAAGAUAGAAAUUCAGGCUCCCAAAUUAAUACACCCGUACGGAACCAAGUCCACCGAGUCCAAUAUGGGGUCCGUCCAACUCGAACUGACCGAGGUCGAGUCCAAGUUACGCCGGCUUCUGCUUGAUGUCGCUGAAUACAUCGAUGGCAGCAGCUCCUCUACCGAGCAAAUCACCAGCGUCCAGGUCCCAGAAGAAGUCGCGAACGAGAAAAUUAUCCUACGAUGGACGGGAGGAUGGGUCCGCGAUAAGCUCUUGAACAUUGAAAGUCAUGACAUCGACCUCGCCAUCAACAAACUCACGGGGGAACACUUUGGCCUCAAGAUGCAGGAGUACCUCAGGAUCCCUGGUAACGCUGAAAAACAUGGCCUCAUAGCAGAGGGCGAGAAGCUGUCAGAUAGCGACAGGACGAAGAAGAUUGCACCGGGUCUGCACAAGAUUGAGGCGAACCCUGAGAAAUCAAAGAACCUGGAGACUGCUACUACAAAGAUUCUGGGAAUCGACCUGGAUCUUGUCAACCUACGGAAGGAGACGUACAAUGAAGUUUCGCGCAAUCCGCAGAUGGAGUUUGGUACUGCCGAGGAAGAUGCUAUGCGCCGAGAUGCCACUGUCAACGCAAUGUUCUAUAACCUGCACACCUGCGAGGUCGAAGACUUUACAAAGCGAGGACAUGAAGACAUGGCUGCGCGCAUCAUCCGUACCCCAUUGGAGCCCUAUCAAACAUUCAAGGACGAUCCACUACGAGUUUUGCGACUGAUUCGCUUCGCUAGUCGUCUAGACUAUACCAUCGAACCCGAGACAGCCAAGGCCAUGGGCAACCCGGAGAUCCAGGAUGUCUUGAAGAUCAAGAUAAGCAGAGAACGCGUGGGGAUCGAGCUGGAGAAGAUGCUCAAAGGUCCAAGAUCUCGUAUGGCACUGGAACUUAUCGAUCGUUUUGGUCUCUAUCGCACCGUCUUUACAGAUCCUACAAGGGACCUCGCUUGCGAGCCAGAGACUGCAUACUUUCAGUUGGCGUACGACUUCGUGGAAUCUAUCGUGACCAAGGCUGACGAUAUACCGUCCAAGAUCCCGGACAACUUGCUUCGAAACGAUGAUGAAAAGUACCUAGCCUGGGUAUGCUCGACGGUCAUGCCUUGGGCUGAUGCGCCCAUGAUCCCGCAUCCAAAACCUACGCAGCGACCCUUGUUUGCCGCAUAUCUUGUGGCUCGGGAGGGUUUCAAGGCUCCAAACAAGGUUUGCGACGUCAUCACCGCUUCGCUCAGCCAUAGUGAGGAGAUCAGGAAUCACGUAGCUCAGUGCGCAAAAGGCCUUCGCCGACCCGAUACAAUCGAUCCUUCAAAUGACUUCACGGCGAGAGACACUCUGGGUAUGGCUAUAAGGCGCUGGGGUCCUACCUGGCGGACGCAAGUUUUGUUCAACAUGUUGUACGAGGUUGUACUGGACCGGACAUCCAAGCAGGGUAUGGCUUCUCCCCCGAAGCACCAUCGGCUCUUUGUACUAACCUUCACAGAUAUUCUUGUUUCCUACGCUGUUUUCAUCGGCCAAGUCCUCAAACACGGGGUACAAGACGUAGAUACGUUCAAGCCCCUCCUCAAGGGCACAGAUCUCGCCAAAGCGCUCAACACCAAGCCCGGGCCAUGGAUGAAGGACGCACUCGAUGUCGUCAUGGCAUGGCAACUGCGCAACCCCGAUACUACGGAUCCAGCCCAAGCUAUCGAGGCCGUCAAGGUAUCACGGGGCACCAAGAACGACAGUGAGCUUUCCUCCCGCUUGGCUUCACACUUUCUCCAGCUUACCAUCCCACCUUUCUUCCCACAGAAUAAGUCCGCGUCAAAUGCACUGGAAGUUUCGCGGCAGCCAUCGCCGUGGAGGGAUGCUGGAAAUGGCCAUGUUCUGGACUUGCUUACGUGGUCAAUCGGCGCCUUGAAUAGGAAGGAGAUUGAAGCACAAUGGCGCUUCCUGAUGCCUCCUAUACUUAAAAUGAUUGAUGAUUCCGAAGUAGAGUCCAAGGCAAAGGGAUGUCAGUUGCUCACUCUGCUACUCCAACGAAUGCAGCAAACAACCAUUGGACAAGACACUACUGUUCCUACAAAUCCCAUGAAGUCCAAUAAACCAACAGACUUGCUCCAAAGAACGGGAUACCACCGUGUCUUAGCAGACUCCCUCUUUCCCCUCCUCACGUACAUCCCUUCUCUGACGCCGAAACAAGAAUCCGUCCUACUCCUGUCAAACGUCUUUCCCGCCCUCCUCUCACUUGCCCACCUGCUUCCCCAGGGCGAUGCAUCUAGUACGCCAUCCACCUCGCCAAUAAACACCAAAACACACUUUCUCGACAACCUCUACCGUCAAGGCAUUCUCCAUCCCCUCACCCACUUCCCAACCCCGACCACCUACCCACAACUCUCCACCCUGCUGCUCUCCCAACUCUCAACCCUGACACACGAACUCGGCAUUGAAUCUGCAAAACAUCUUUCCGCAACAGUGCCUCUGCUGUCGAGUAUCCUGCGAGACCCAUUUGUGCUCGUGCAUGAAGAUUUGGCAAGGAUGACGUUGAGUGCGCUACGCAGCGUCAUGGAGAAUGCAUGGCCGAGGGUUCCGCGGUAUAGGGGGGAUUUGGUGGCAGGGCUGGGGUCGCUGUGGAUGAGGGUCAAGGGUGGAGAGGGAAAGGGGCCGGAUGGGGAAGUUGAGUUGUCAGGGCAGAUUCAUGAGACGGCGGAGAUGUUGGAUGCGAUUAUGAGGGCCUCUGGGGAGAGGGAGGUGUGGGAGGUUGAGAGGAAGGGGGUGGAGGAUUUGGGUGGAGGGUUGGAGGGCAUGUUUGGGGGGUGA